AUGAGUUCUCCGUUGGAAAGUCUGAAAAAGACCAAGAAAGUGCCUUUAAAUGGAGCAAAAAAUCCAGGAAGGUGAGCAUUGGCGCAUUAUACAAAAAUUACAAAUUUUGCUAGAGAUCUAUAUAAGUUGUACUUUGGUUCAAUAGACUGGCAAGAAUAUAAUUUUGCUCAAUAUUGCUAAAUAUGAAACAUUACAGGUUUUUAAAGACUGAGGAGGUUCCUUACAGUGCUACAGGUGUUUUGUUUCAAUGGAGACCAAAGGAGGCCAGGAGGAGGGAAGGCCAGGGGCAUAGAUUAGGAAAUGAAUAGAUGGCGCACUCCUUUGAUGUUUUUCACGCUGCCGGCACCCACGCAUGUUCUUGCCAGAGUAAUGGCGGCCUAGCAAGAACUAUAAUAAAAUGUAUUGUGAAAUUGACAUCCGUGCUACUAAAUCCUGUAUUUUUCCUCUUUCGGGGGUUUGAAUGGAAAAAUAAAUCAGAAUUAUAAAAAUACAGGAUUUAGUAGCACCAAUGUCAAUUUCACAAUGCAUUUUACUACAGUUACUUGCUAGGCCGCCAUUACUCUGGCAAGAACAUGCGUGGGUGCCGGCAGCGUCAAAAACAUCAAAGGAGUGAGCCAUCUAUUCAUUUCCUAAUCUAUGCCAGGGGGGGGGGGGUAAUUGUAGUAUACCUUUGAAACAUUCAUUUAUAAGAUUGCCUUGUGAUUUAGGUUCAGUAAUGUGCCAUACAGGAGAACUGCAAAUGACCCAGGUUGGUUAUUAAAACUCACACAAACUGUGUCUUGACUUGACAGCCGAGAGUUUUAUAUCUGAUAAAUUUAUUAUUUAAUUUCAUAUUAGCUGAUAUACUCAAUAAUAAACUUCGAGACAUGAAACCUGACAAAGAUGUUGACAGAAAAAAUAGAAAACAUUUUCAAGGUAUUGCUAACUGCUGUAUAUUAUACAAAUAAUGAAUGUUUAUGAGUGCAAUGGUAAGAAUAUUUUCAUGAGGUGAAAGAUGGAAUGUUCAACGAGGCGACAGCCGAGUUGAAUGGAACAUUCCAUCUUUCACCGAAUGAAAAUAUUCUUACCAUUGCACGAAGAAACAUUCAUUAUUUGUUUUAUAUAAUACCAAAAUAGACUAAUAGAUUCAUAUGAGAAGCAUUUUGAGGGAUGCGAUUUAUCGAAAACACAAAGAGUGCAAUUGUACUAUACGUUUUAUUCCACUCGCGGAGAGUGCAAUGGAACAUGUUCCAUUGCACUCUUGGGAAAUGGAAUUUUCUAUUCAAUAUCACGUGACCAUAAACAGCCAAUUAAAUGAUUAGAAUUUAAUAAGGUAUUAUAUAAUAUGAUAUAAACAUGUGCAUAGCAUCUUAUAGCGAGAGUUUAAUGUAGUUUUGUUUAUUUCUUAAAGUGGAAGUCAAGUCCGUAUGUAAACAAACGGUUUGUUUACAUUUUGAACUGCUGUAUUUUUUAAAAAUAUGAUGUACUGUCUGAAUAUCUAACACAAUUUUUGUUCGCUAUGCUUCUAAUUGAAUAUGAAAUAGAGUUUAUGUUCAGAGAAAUUCGAAACAUUUGAAAUUUGGGCAAUGUUUACAUUCAGAGGUCCUCACAUUGUUAUGAGCAGAACCGAUGCACAGAACGGACUUGACUUCCACUUUAAGUGUUAUUUUCUGCUGGCUGAGGUACGAAAGAAGCAGAAAAUGUUUUCUCACACAAGGCUGGGAGCCUGAUUGUGAAUCGGGUGUAUUUGUGUGGUGCAGGUUAAGCCAGCAUGUGUUGUUGUUGCUUCCGCAACGCUUGACAAAAAUCCCCACCCACCCACCUGUUAAUUACUGUAUAGACAUUUAGCUAAUUGUUAGGCACAGUGGACAUUUAUGUAACUAAACAGUAAUGACUUAGCUGUUAUUGUGUAAAUAAAAGUCAAGUUUGCAGCGGCGGAUGGCUGCAGCAGCUCCCAGCAGUGUGUGAGAAGAUGUUUUUGAAGUGGAAAAUAAUUUCAAUAAUUUCAAUUAGCUACCGUCUUUAACCCCCGGCCAUUGAGUGGCAGCACUCUCCUCUUGACGAUUGAAUCAUCUGGCAUCAGACAAAGUAAAAUAAUAAAGUCCCUAGGGUGCAUCAGGAUGCUUUACCACUUAAAGGGUUAACUUAUAAUCUAAAGGAAAAUUUUAUGUGGAAUUUUAGCACCAUCAGACAUGGAAUUACUAAGUAGCAUGGCAACAAGGCUUUCUCAGACUGAACAACAGCUUCGAGUGUGUACGAGAGAAGUUAUUGAAAAGGUAGUUAAUAUUUAGUGAAUGCAUAAUUGUUUUAAGUACUAGCUCUGUUGCUUAGAAGUUAGAAUAGACCCAUUGCACAUGACGUCACAGCUUCGGCGACAAUGCAUCUGGAGGACAAACUGACAAAUUAGCAAUCUAUGCAUAAUAUAACUUUUGUAAACAAAGCAAAUUUUGUAAAAGUUUAUAAUAAUCCUGUACUAAAAUGGUUAAUUUUUGCACUGUAUGUGGUUGUUGUACCCGAACAGAUAUUGUUAGGGAGCAUCUGGAGGACACUCUAAGGAUAUGUUAAUAUUCAGUGAUUGACCGAUUGUGCCAAUCAGAAUUUACUGAUUACCGAUUAUUCAUGCAACAAUAUUCACGAUUCUGAUACAAGUCAAGUCAAGUUUAUUUUGCUCAAUAAUUUUACAUGGAAAAAAUAAAUUAUAAAUAUAUGUAUAUAAUUAUAAAGGUUACAUUUUUUUAAAAUUAAAUUAAAUAAAUAUAUUAUAAUUAUAAUUUAGAGCCUGAAGGCUAAAUAAACUGAAGUUUUCGAGAUAAUGUCAUGCAGUCAACUGAGUAAACUGGUGACAUCAAUCAUCUCAAUUUUUUAGUGAUCAUUUCCAAUGUAACAUAUGUUACUGCAACCAACGUUUGUUUUACUGAACCAUUCACAAAUGGCCUGCUUCACAUAUUUUGUCAAUACAGAUAUAAAUUCUACCAAUUCUGAAGGAUUGUCUACCGAUAAGGCAAAAAUCAACCAGAUUCUGAUAACGAUUAUCGUUCACUAUUAUAAUUAUCGAUAUCUCUAUUUACGAUUAUCGUUAUCACUAUUUUAAAUUUCUAAAAGCUGUUUUAAGUUAUCAGAGUAUUUAAUUGGUCCAAGGGUACGGCAUGUGUAUAUUGAGCGGUUAUACAAAAUGUCUAUCCUGGAUUUGUAACAAAAGGACCAAAAGUAAUGUUGGCACAGAAGUUAUAAACUAUGUCAUCUAGGGAGUUUUUAUUUGGUUGAAGAUGUAAAAACAAUCUUCACAUUUUUUCCUGCUCCCAACAUUUCCUCAGGAUUUUGCACCAAGAUUGGAAAAUAAGCUAUUUUAAAAUGAGUUAUAAAGUUCACAAAAGUGUAACUUUCUUCCAAGGAUAAAAAGAUCAAGAUAUUGGAGGAGAAAGUUGUGUUGCUAGAAAAGGCUCGAGGUAAUUAAUGUACCAGUACUGAGGGCUUGCAGUAUUGAAAUUUGUUGUCUGCACAUGCUAAGUUUGUUUCUCUACUCGCUUUGUUGUAAUACUAGGUUAUGGUGCUGAAAACGUAAAAGAUGUUGAAACGAAAUGCAGGACUCUUCAGGAACAAGUCCAUGAUAUGGAGGUAUAAUUAAUCACUUUAUUUUCACUUGAAGUUAAGCCGGAGUUACACGAGCAACAAAAUUGCUGCAACUUGCAACAAAAUAUGAUUUCAACGCAUGUUAAGUAGAAAUGUCGACACAUGUUGCCUUGUGAUUUGUAAUUUAUUUGUAAACAUUUUCAAUUAACAUGCGUAGAAAUUAGAUUGUGUUGCAAGUUGCAGCAAUUUUGUUGCUCGUGUAACUCGUUACUCCAGCUUAAGAACUGCUUGUAUUUUUCAGGUAGUUGUAUUCAGUAGCGUAGCCAGCCCGACGAUUUAGUCCCGCUGUGCAAAUAUUUUCAUGUUCAUUGACUGUGAAGACAAUCAAUUUCUAAAGAAAUUGUCAGGCUGGCUCUAUGCCAGUGAAUAGUUAUAUCCCUAUCACAGCUUUCUUAGUACAAUUACUUUAUAAUCUAUCAUUGUAUGUGUUCAUUCAUUUUGUUUCAAUUACUUUAAUUUAUUUAAAACUAAUUACCUAACACAAUUACAAAUGGUAUUUCUAUGCAUAUUCUCUCUUGUGGUCCUUCUGUGUAUCCUAAACCCUUUCAACAUUCCCUUUGGAAGGAAACUGGAACACCCAGAGAUAAUCCUUAAAUUCUUACAGGAAUUCCUACAGAAAACUGAAUUUUCUGUAAGAAUAGACUUGUUUCAUAUAAUAACAGAUCAUAUGAUUAUCAUUUUGAAAUAUCUAAAUAGGAGUUUCUAGCUGAUUAUGGUAUGAUCUGGGUUGGCCCAGAACCUGACCGUGAUGAUAAUUGGGGGACUGAGUUGGAGAAUCAACAAAGAAGUGGGACUAGUACACACCCAUUUUGGAAUCCAGGUGAGUCAAUUUUUAGAAAUUUUAGAUUUUCCUUGAAUAACUUCCUCUUUACACAAAAUAUUUACUAGCUUAUUAUUUUUAUUUCAGAGUCAUCAGUGUCACCUGAAUCAUUUGAAGUCAAUUUUAAUCUUGUUGUUAAGAAUAUUGAAGAAUUGAAUGUGCUGAGUGGAGCUGACAGAACUGUAAUAGCUCGUACCAAAGGAGGUGCCACUCUUAAGGUAGACUUCAUUUUCAUCCCAACGUGCCCCAUGGCAUCCCUAUUUAUACCUGCUUCAUGAGUAAUAGAUCCUGCUUACCCUGUUUUAUACCACAACUAAGAAGCCUCUGUGGAGUGCAUUUAGCAUGUAAUUGUUUCUUAUAAUUGGGCUAAGGAUAGAAGAUGUUGAAUUAGAGCAGCUAUAUGUUCUUGGAUAUGGGAUCCUGCCCUCCCAAUCGACCUAAAAUAGAGUGAUGUACUAGUGUCCUAGUAUCAUAGUCUUUCUGACAGUGAUCAUAAUCACAGACAUGGUGAUAGGUACCAUAUAUUACUAUAUACAGGGUGUAUCAAAAAAAGCGCAAUCCUCGACUGAAAUGUAAAUUGCUAAACAAAUAAUAGACGAAAACGUUAAAGUUUACAUUCAUUUUAAAGCGUAGCCAUUCAGCUUUCUAACAGUGGGUUGUUUCUUAAAUUUGACUCAUUGGUUCGCGGAUAAUAAUACUUUACGUUACGAAAAUUCUAACAUUUAAAUCGACUAAACAAUAACAUAGUAAACUUGCAUAAUUAAACAGCAACUAAAAAUGAUAGGUUUUACUAAAUCUUUUCCUGUGCAAUUAUUACUAGCAUUGGAGACAAGGAUAAUAGUUUGUUUGAAAGAGAAAAGAACAGGCUUUGAAGUAAGCCUAAAAGCGUUUAACUAGAAAUAGUAUUUCGAAAGUUAUUAAGCGCAAAAGGUGAAUUGCGUUUAUUUUGAUACACCCUGUAUACUAAUCACUGUGUCAUUAAUAUUAAUGAACUGGUUAGAUUGAAUGGACCAAAUUUUCCUUGAGCCCAUUAUCUUGCAUGCAAUAAUUGUUCCUAGCUGGUCAUUUUCACAGUUUCAAGCUGGCUGUUUUUAUGAUUCUUUGCAUAGGCUCCUGAUGCAAUACCUUUAACAUUGUAUGCCAAUGGUAUAUCAAUGUUUUCUGGACCUUUCAGACCAUACAGUGACAGCACAACACAGGUAUGGCAAUGACAGUCAACAGGUUCCUAAAAAUAACACAUUUCAACCAGAGUGUUUUUCUUUGGAACAAUCCUCCCGCUCAUAUUACCGAAUGUACCUCUCUGAUUUCGUCCUUCAAAAACAAUCUGUAUUCUCACUACCUUUCCAAACUUGAAUCUGGCUCGAAGACGUCAAUCGAAUGCGCACUUGGAAGAUUGUUCCAAUAUUCCUUUCCUUCAUAUAUAUGUAUAUUCUUAAAUUUAAUUUCUAGUAUUUGUUCAUGUAUAUAAGCAGGAUGUCCACGGGCCUUGAAAAUCCUGGAAAGUCCUUGAAUUGGAAGGAAAAAAAAUAGUAAAAGUCCUGGAUUUAAUUUCCUUAACCUCCAGCUGUGCCAACAUUAGUGAUUAUGAUUAAAAUUACUGAAUAAAGUGAAUUAUUUACGGCAAAUCCGUGCCAUUUGCCCAUUUUCAAAGAUUUUGCACAGUUCUAGGUCCUUGAAUUUACUGAAAAAGAGCCUUGAAAGUCCUGGAAAAGUCCUUGAAUUUCACCUUCACCCAAGUGAAAUUCAAGUGGGUGGACACCUUGUUUGAGGUUGUAAGGUUGAUAAAUAAAUUUCUACAAUGCUGAUACAUGACGUGCAUGUGUUUUAGCGCUGUAUUCAAGACAUUAUGGACGGUUAUUUCCCAUCAGAAUUGCAAGAUAGGUAUCCAGAUGGCGUCUCCAUCAAGGUCAGAAAACUAAAAAACUACUCAUAUGAAAUAUUGGAAAAAAAACAAUAUCGCCAUUCAUAUCUAAUAGAGUACUGUCCUGUUUAUAUUGCGCUCAGGUAAUAGACAAAAGAGAAGUAGUGUUUCGAGACAGAAGAACUGAAUUACUGUUUCCUGGUUCUGGUCAGUCUCUGGACAAUAACAAAGAAACUGUUGGAAACGAAGGCAACAAAACAAAAAUUCAUUCAUUGGAAAGUGUAAAAGAAACAGGUGUUUCUGGAUUUAUUUUGAUUACAGCAGUAUAAUUUUAUUUCCUAACUAACGGACAAUAUCCAUGCAACCCACACUUUUUUAAAAUUCCCCAACAAUAUCUAUUUACGGAUAUAUAUCCGCUACAGUACCGCCGCGAAUGUUGUAAAUGGCUUGUGAAACGUCUCGAUGAGAACAUUCGUUUUCUUCAACAAUUUAAAAUAAAUUAAUGAUAUUUGGUGAGAAAAUAGAAAUUGAAGUUUAUGUAAAUCAGCAUGAUUUUGUAUCAGAUAUACAAUAUCCUUCACUUCACGCUCAUGAUUUCUUUUGUGUUUUCUCAUGCAUUAUUAAUGAGUUUCACAAGCCAUGAUACCUUUACCUAGCUAGUCUCCUACGCAGCCUGUUCGCGGGUCCGAGGUUUUCGGCCCGUUUUCUCUCCACUAACAGUGGAGAAAACCCCGGACCCGCGAACAGGCUACGUAGGAGACUAUUACCUAGCCUGCUCGCAGACGCUUGUAUAUUUUAUAUAAUACCUUACUAAAUUCUAAUCGUUUAAUUGGCUGUUUAUGGUCAUGUGAUAUUGAAUAGAAAAUUCCAUUUCCCAAGAGUGCAAUGGAACACGUUCCAUUGCCUCCUUUGCCGCCUGCGCUCCUUCGCCCAGCGGCUACGCUCGUGUUCCAAGAUCCGCCAUGUAAAGUGUAGUGAAAUGUAUCUCAUCGUAAUAUUAAAUCCUAAGAAAACUAAAGCCUCUGCGGAGGAGAGAGUUCCAUUGCACUCUCCGCGAGUGCAAUGGAAUAAAACGUAUAGUACAAUUGCACUCUUUGUGUUUUCGAUAAAUCGCAUCCCUCAAAAUGCUUCUCAUAUGAAUCUAUUAGUCUAUUUUGGUAUUAUAUAAAACAAAUAAUGAAUGUUUCUUCGUGCAAUGGUAAGAAUAUUUUCAUUCGGUGAAAGAUGGAAUGUUCCAUUCAACUCGGCUGUCGCCUCGUUGAAUGGAACAUUCCAUCUUUCACCUCAUGAAAAUAUUUUUACCAUUGCACUCAUAAACAUUAUUUGUAUAAUAUAUGACAAGUGUCAUGUAAUAUUAUACAAACGCGAGUCUGCUAGCAGGCUAACCUUUACCUCCAUCUAAUGAGCAUCUCAAAUAAACCUAACAUUCUGUCCUAUUCUUGGUUCAUCUCUGUAAAUACGAGUAUAUUGAAGGCCGACGUCUAACUCUUACUUUUAGAAACAAAAGUCCCAGUUGAAAAAUUCCUCGAACGUCUUCCUCCAUCUGUCAUUAAGAACGGCAAGAUAAUUGACAUUCGAUCUGGCAUAGAAAACACUAUCAAGGUAUGUUGACAUUCGCAUUUUCUGCAGUGACGUCGCCAAGAUUUUAUAUGGGGGCGGACUUAAUAAUUUGUGAAGCCAGUUCUAAGGGGCUAAGGGGCAUACUCCCCCGGGGGAAAAUUGAAUUUUGAGUCUCUGAAACGGCAUUUCUGGCAUUGUGAAGGCUGGAAAAAAUGUCGUAAUAAAUCAUCUUUUACCAGUAUCAAAUAUUGAUUUCAGAAUUCAUAAUGCUUCCACUACAAAUGGAGAUUGGAGUAUCCAGAGAAGUUGUGUAGCGUUUGGUACUCAGCCCCACGAAAAUCACUCAUUUUAGGCACCAUUCAGGGCGCGAAAUAACGGCUGGAGGAUCGCCGGUCACCUGGUGACCGGUUAACUCAAUUUUAGCUCGGACAUACCGAAUUUCUGGCCGGUUAAAUUAUUCAGCUUAAAGCAUAUAGCCUUGUAAAGUAUACCCCUAAAAAUGUGACUAUUUUUCCAGUAUAGCAUUACAAAAAGCCUUACUGUAAUCAGUAACCGCAAAAUAUUCGACAACAUGUUAUGGUUCUUAAUUAUAAGACUUGACAACUUUAUUUUGAUUAUUAAUUAAAAUGAAGAUUAGUUUGUUCUUUUACCGAAAGUGAAGUUGGUCAACUCUGCAUUCUGGCCGGGCAUUGUCCGUUGUCUGCGUAUUGCAGAAAUGGAAUCCCACUCAGUGAGCUGCAUACGCUAGACUGUGCUAAUUACCAUUGUUCCAACAACAUCCUAUGAAGUAUAAACAUUUCCUGAUUCGUUAUUUUUAGGCGGGGUCUUCAGCUGGCUUCAAAGAAAGUCAAGUCACUGUCAUUGACACUCCGGUCAUCCAAGAAAUCAAGACUAGGUAUAUUUCAUAUAUGUAUUUUCAUAAAGAGAAAUUGUUUUACUGGCAUAGUAGAUGUCUGAUUGUUUCUCUAAAAUCUUUUUUCCGAUAAAGCAAAAUAACUGGAUCAAGUAGAGCGUUCGCAAAUGCAAGCGUCUCAAACCAAGGAAUUAUGUAAAAAUAAAACAUCGUGCUUUUAGUUCCUGAUAUGUAGUAGGCAUUCGCUACAACUGAUGGGAAAAAGCACAGAAAUAAACUUCCUGACACCAAGUAACCCGUCUUGGUAUUCCGCAUGACAGUUUUGAAGCUCGUCAUUGCGGACGCGGGUAGUUGAAAAGUGGCAAUUUGUCGUUUAUGUCUUGAGAUGAGACGGUGAAUCCAUAGCCAUAUUCCAAUAACUAAGAUGAUACAAAAGGUUGUAGCACCGCCGAUCGUUAUGGGUACAACGUUAUUUGGCAUUCCGAACACUUCACAAAGCACGAACACCCAACAAAGUGUUGAUAACACGCAAAUUACACCUUUCAAACGAACACGCGUUAUCAUGGCUUGGUAACGUAACGGAUAGGCUAAUGUCACGAAACGCUCCACGCUUAGCACAGUGAUGAUUAUUAACGACACGCCACAGGUACCUUGGGACACUAACAUGUUCGCUACCCAUAUGUAGCAAUUAAACGUUACAAAUAAUUGUAAGAUCUUUUUCGCGACCCAUAACGACUGUGAAAGAACGAGAACACAUAAAUCGUUCAGCGAUAAUGCCAGAAGUAACAUGUUUGCGGAUGUAUGAAGAUGUCUAUUCUUCACAUACGCACUCAGGAUCAGAGUGUUCAACACGAUUCCUGGAAUAAAAAUGAAAAUAUUUGCUAUUGUGACAGAAACAUUUGUAGCAAGAUGGACGCCUCUUGCCGGAGUUCUUAGUUCGCUCAUGUAUAAACAAGUACAUCUGCAGGAGUUUUCGUUGAAAUUGAACGAAUACCCUGUGAAAUUGACAUCCAUCUGUAAUUUAGCAGGAACUGUAGGUACGAGAAGUUGAGGCAAUUUUUCAGUUGUGAGUUGUGCAAAAAUGACAAAAAAACACACCAACUAUUGAACAGUAAUGUUUUGGCAAAAUACGGCUAAGCAACUUAAUACUUUAUAUGAACUCCUACAUACAAGUCAGUUAAGUUAUUUUUCUUCACUUGUGCUACAUUCGCAAAAACCACUCAGCACUCCUAGUGCACUUCUAUUAAACCACGUAUAUAUUUAAUAUCGAACAUUCUCUUGCCUCAUUUUAUUAAUAGACUUUUUUAUUAAUAGACUUUUUUAAUAGACUUAAAAACAUUUUUUAUUAAAAAUGACGUUUUGGAACUUUGGAGUAUAUAUGUUGUAUUUGAACCUGAUGAUGAAGUAAACUCUGAAACGUCGUUUUUAAUAAAAAAAUGUUAAGCCUUGUUCUUGGUCAUUAAUGACACAAAAACCACGUAUACUUUGAGAAAAAUACGAUGUGUUUUUAAAUAUACUGUAUAUCUGUAGAAUGCUGCUUUUUUAAUAUCCGUUUUAAUAUCCCUUUCCAGCCCUCUCAUUUUUUAAAUAAAUUAACCAACAUAAACUGAGAAUAUAUGAGUCACAAUAAUUAUUUUAUUAUUAGUGCUUGGUUUUCAAUUAAAUUUAAAAAUGUUUAAAUAUUCUGCAAAAUAAGUAAGUUUAAUUACACUUUCGGCUGAUAAUUAAAAGGUUAUAAUGAAAGCUUUUUAUUAUGACAUAUGUUCACUAAUUUCAUUAUGAUUUUGUACGUUAGCAAACCGACGUUUUGGGGGAUAUAUUUUCUUUUUCAUAGUACUCAAGAUCUUGUACUAAAUCUGUUUCGAUAUCUUCAUUUGCUCAUUCAGAGAAAACGUUGCGUAGAAUUUUUACCUCGUGUGGUGUACGCGAAAUGAGCCCACCCUCGUACCCAGGGCUUCUUCAGCGCAGACGUGACCUGAGUGACCUAAAUCUCACUCUGGGAGCCCACACUGGGCCCUAAUCUUGGUUUUGCCCCCCCCCCCCACUGUGAAACGUUUGAAGCAUGCCGACUGGAAGUAAUGGAAAGCGGCCUUGACAGCAUGAUCUGUUCUUUACAGGGUGCAAAGUGGUGGGGAUCGACCGCUGUCCGUGAAUUAUAAUGUCACAACAUUAAGAAUAAAAUCUGAAAAAGGUGAUCAGGUAUGGAAACGCUGAUCUAUAUACAAGUUCAAAAGCGUUUCAUGUGACUGUACAAUUAUGUCUUAUUUCCUACAGACGUAUAUCUUGAAAUUGAAGUUUACUGACACCAUUGCCAGUGUCCGAAAGUACAUAAAUGUAGUGAGGUAAGGUUUACAUGUUGCUUUCUUUGUUUUUCUUAAAUCCUUUCAUAAAGGACCCAUUUCCACUCACGAAAAUUUUGAUUGGCCGACACAAAUCUUCCGUCGGAAAAAAGUUUUGGAAAAUGUUCAACUUUUAAGGCCCAUUUCCACUCGAGAAAAAUUUCCACGGACAGAAAAUUUUCCGAAAAUAUCAUUGUUAAAAGUUGAAAAUUUUCAACUUCAAAAUUUUUUUUCGGACGGAAAAUUUGUGUCGGCCAAUCACAUUUCACAAAAUUUUCUUUCCGCGGAAAAUUUUCCUGAGUGGAAAUGGGCCUUUAACAAUGAUAUUUUCGGGAAAUUUUCUGUCCGUGAAAAUUUCUUGAGUGGAUAUGGGCCUUAACUCUCCUACUGACAGAAAAAUGAGUGCUGUGAAAAGUACUGUUUCUUAAAAAAUAAAGACUAGACUUCACAGCUUUGCUUUUCAUUUCUUUAUCAGACCUGAAUUGCAUGAUCAAUACCGGAUCAAGACGUCAUUCCCAAAUAUGGUAUACGAUGAUGUCACGCAGACUUUAGAUCAAGCAGGCCUGGUACCUAAUGCAACGUUACAUAUUCUCGUAAGAACAUAA